AAAUAAUUUAAAAUGCAAGACCCUUACCAUGAUCAAUAUUCUCAAUAAAUAGAACAAUUAUUUAAUCGGUAUCUAUUAAAAUUAAAUACGAAUAGACUAAGAUUUGAACUAAAAAAAAAAUAAGACGGCCAAAAGGAACAAGUUGAUGCUAAUUCUCAAAAAAUUGAAGAAUUAGAAAAAAUUAUUUUUCAGUAAAUUUAAUUAAUAACAAUCUAGAUUAAAAAUUGAUAAUUAAAAAAAAUAAUCGCAAAUCAAUGAACUUUUAGAUGCAUAAAAGAAGUAGCUAUCUAAUUUUACAAUCAGAUUUACAAAUGAUAUAAUAAAAUUAUAGAAAAUACUAAAUACCAUGGGAAAAUCCCUACCUGUUGAUCCCUAAACGAAUUAAAUUAUAACAUUAUAAUCUUAUUAAUAAUCAUAAAUGUAAUUUUUUUAUAGAAUUUUAGGGAAAUAGAUGUAAAUAAGUCAAUUAAUUAAAAAAUUCAAAAAGAGAUAAUUGAAAGAUUUAAUUUAAUAAAGGAAGUCUUUUUGAAAAAAUCAGAAUUUUUAAUCUCUUCCAGAAAACUUGAAGAAUAAAUUGAAAAACUUUAGAUUUAAUUGUAAAUCAUUUAUUUUAUAUUCAGAAAUUCUUAGGCAGAUAAUUUAUAGUAUAGAGGAUAUUACCAUUAAGAAAAUUAGAACAUGUCAAAUAAGUAUUAAAUUUUAGGUUAGUAGAUGCAUUAAAAUGACAUAAAAUAAUAAACUUUUUAGAAGUAUUUAAAAAUUUUGUUAAUUUUUAAAGUUAUUUAGAGAGUAAAGGACAAACCGUGAUUUUAGAAAAACAAUUUUAAUAGAAAUAAAAUUGA